AUGUCAAUUUCAAAAAUAACCACAGCCUUCGAUUUCGACAAUAUCUUCUGCGACAUUCGACCAAGCUACAAAUCCAAUUAUGAUUAUGACGCUUACGAUUUCUCAAUACUAAAUCCAAUAAUGAAAAUCUUCAAAGACGGAAAUGCCAAAUGGGUAAAAGACACAAGGCUGGCCAAAGAUAUUGAAAAUUGGUUGUCAACUCGUAAAAUAGCGCCAAAAUAUUUAUUUGAGUUGUUACUUGAUAAACAUUUCGCCGGUGGGUAUUGGUAUAUGGCCGCAUGUUAUGAGCAAGGAGUCGGCACAAAACAAGACUUCAAGUUAGCCGUCCAGUAUUAUCAAAAAUCUUUUGAUAUGGGUUGUUUUCCCGCGGCUCUUUAUCUAGCAAAAUGUUACCGAAAUGGAAUUGGAGUUGAUCAAGAUAUUGCGAAAGCAUUUCAUUUAACUUUGGAAGCGACUAAAUGUCAAUUUGGUGGUGCUUAUACCGAAAUUGGGAGGUAUUAUUCACGCGGUCGUGCCACAAUAAAAGAUGUUCAUAAAGCUAUAAGAUUCUUUCGUUUAGGUAUAGAGAAUGAAGAUGAUGAGGCUUAUGGACAAAUUGUGAAAUUGUUUUAUCCACUUAUUGCCGAGUAA